UUCAGUUAUCAUGCUGACGCGAAUGGGCAGUUACAAACCAAAUUUUAUCCGUGUAUAUGACAGACGAAUUGAGGAACUAGACUUCCCGAUUCCCAGGAAAACUAUUCACUCUAGAAGUAGCACAAGAAGUGAAAAUGAAGAUUUACAUUGUGUAGCUCUUCAUCAUCUUAUUCGAGAGAAAGGCAAGAAUUAUGCUGAAGAAAUAUUGGCUAAUGAUAAAUUCUUCAAAGAUAAUAACUAUAAGUAUAUUCCAAAAGACUGUAAAAGAGUAUGUCCAUACAGUAUUAUAAUUGACGAUGCCGCAAUGUGUACAGAACCACAGACACUUGCUACAAUCAUUGCAACUAAGGCUGAGCAUGUUGUUCUCAUAGGUGAUCAUAAACAAUUAAGACCAAUGGUAAAGUGCAAAGAAGCAGCGCUCCUUGGUUUGGAAAAGUCACUGUUUGAAAGAUAUGCAACAACAGAAUCUUCUCAAAAUGUCCCGUUUACUCGACUAUCAGACCAAUACAGGAUGAACCCUGAAAUUUGCAGAUUUCCUUCAAAACACUUUUAUGAAUCAGCACUAAGAACAAUGCGAGGAAUAUGGGGAGAAGAUAGUCUACAUAUAUGGCCAAGGGAUACAAAAGGAAAUACUUAUCCGCAUGUACUUAUUCAUAUUGAGGGAGAGGAGCACAUGGUAACUUUGUCCAUUAAUGGGAAUGUGAAAUCAUGGAGAAAUGAUGCUGAAAUCAAUCACGUGAUUGCCACUUUCUUAUAUUUGACUAGAGAAGUUCCAAAUGAAACUGUUCAGAUCUUGUCGCAGUAUGAUGCGCAAUGUUCUGAGAUAAAAAGAAGGCUUGAAGAAAGUGGUAUAACAACAGCAGAUGACAUUGUAAGCACAGUCAAUUCAAGUCAAGAAUGCGAAUGUAGCUAUGUGAUAUUUAGCACUGUACGGUCAUUACCGGAAUGUAAAAUAAUCAAUAAUCCUACUCCUGAAUGGUGCCAGCGUACCUUGGGGUUAAUCAACGACAUGAAUCAGGUCAACGUGGCCCUAACUAGAGCUCGGAAGGGACUCAUCAUCAUAGGUAAUAGAAAUUUACUCGCAUGUGACUGCACAUGGAAAAAAGUUGAUACAACAUUACGAAGUACGAGGGUGUAUAAAGACACCCGAAGAGUUCCCGCCGCAAAAUAUAAGGAGGAGUCGACGGGAAAUAAUGAGAGAAGCCAUUUUGAAAAGCCAUCAAAGAUAUGACAAGAAAUAGAUCCAUGGAAACCGUACAGUUGGCAUAGACAAUCAUAAAUUGUGAAAUCAUUACAUUGAUGCAUGGCAUUGUAUUAUCAUGUUUUAUAGAAAAAUGUUUAUUUUAUGUCUAAUGUUGUUGUGUUUUAACAGUUAAAUGUACAUUUAAGUGCAAUUUUAUAAUUAUAACAUGUAGCUUUAAAGUGGUAUUUAUUACACGCCCGUACAUUAUAUUCUUAAAUAAGCUAUUUUAAGCCUUACAACCGAGAGUUAUUGGACUAUGUACACAUUAUAACAGAGAGGUAUUUGUUGUCUAUGUCGCCAAUUACAUCAUUUAUCAGGAGUAAAUAUAUCCAUCA